CUCUUUGGGGUGUUUGGCUUGCGUUUCUGCCCCGGGCCUCGGGGCAGAAACAAGAAGAGCCGGCGCGAAGGACCAGGUGGUCUUGAUGAGUGGAACCACGCAGCUGCAGGAGCAGCAUGAGCAGUGUGCUCCACCAGCACAGGAUGGCAGCAGGACCAGGGUGACGCAGCUCAAUUCGGGUAGGUUCGGCAUGCACGAGGACGAGUCCGGGAUUCUUUCCGCCUCAGCCGUUUUGAACGGCCGAGGCGUGCCAGUGUCCGGUGCUUCGCUGGGAAAUGUUGGUGGAUCUUCGGGUUCGAGGAGCAGAAAAAAAGAACCUCCGCGCAGAAAAGUAUCACCUGGAGAAAAGAGAUCCCCGCCCCGGCAAAGGCAAGACCGAAGAGUACGGCGAGAUGAUGAAACUACAACACGUGAAGAUGAAACAAAGCGUAGUGGUGCUGGGUUAUCUUCCAAGCUGCCGAAACACCCUGAGCAUGUGGAAACUUAUAAAGAAAAAGAUGCAGGAGCUGCAGCAAGCGGAGUGCGCACGGGUGCUGCGUUGGCAGUAGCGAGGCUGCUCGCAAAACACAGAAUGGCAAAGAAAAACCACGUCAGAAAUUCAGGGCAUGCUCUUGAACAGAGACCACAAGAACCUUUUGCGGACAAAAGCAGUCGUCCCCCGGCGGGUAGCACCAGCACGGCUAGCAAUAGCAUGCCAUCUUCGCAGAAGCGCGCACUUCUUGGGUCCUCCUCUACUGCUUCAGGACAACAGAAAGCAGCAUUCACAUCACAUUCACAGAGUCCUCUGCCCUUAUUGCAGGAGGAGAUGUCUGGACAGGAGGACAGCGGCUACACACGACCUGAUAUCGAGGAGGUCCUGAAGCAGGUUAUGCGGGACCAGGAGACCAGCGGAGAGGCGUUUGAAAGUGCAGCCACGGCAAAGUUGGGAGCGCAAAUGAAGGCGAUCCUGGCUGCCGCUCAACACAUGAAAGGCACAAAGUCGGUCGUGGUUGAAGUCGACAAACGCGGCAAUGUGCUCAGCACAACGGCUGCGGGGGCUCCACGAGCAGCACCUGCUGGUGCUGAUGAGGAUCUUGAAGAUGAUCCUGCGCAAUUUCGAGCUGCUGCAUCUUCCGGCGCCCGAGCUGGAGAAAUUCCGACGCAACCACGAGGAACCGCUGAGGCCGGAACGAGAAGUACCACUAGAAGUCGCGCGAGCAAGGACCGCGUCGGGGCGGAGCAGAAGCCGAAGGAUUAUACCUGGAGCAACUACGGCCGAGGGGGCCCCGGCCCCGGCCCCCUCGCGGAAACUACUUCUUCUACCCAGGAGCUUCCUGUUGAUCAUUUUCAACAAGUUGGGCAGCAACCACAGCCGCCAAAAGCAGCACGCAGCCGUUCCGUGAGCCAGAGUGGCGGCCGGCGGGGUGCCCGCCCGAUUCCCUCGGUGGCCCAAAUGCCCAGUGCAGUACUGCUCCCCGACCGACCUUCGAGGAGAACUGCCCCCGCAACAAAGCACCACACUGGGCGGCCGAGCAGACUGGCCAUGGCGCACCGGGCCGAAGAGUCGGAAGCGCGCUUGGCGGUGCCGGUGCCCCAAAUCCCGAGCCCGCUUAUGCCCAGGGUCGACGCCGAGCACCACGGUCACGCAGAGGUGGAUCGCCAUCACGAUAUCAAACGCCAAAAAGCGUUCUUUCAACGUGCUUACCGCAAAUGUUCAUCAUCAUCAUCAUCUACAAGAAAAUCAGAGAUGUAAUAAACAAAUAGUCAGGCGACGUCACCACGACAGACGUAUUUGUCGUCGUUCGACAGCAUGUAUUCUAAGUACCUGUAUGUACUUAUCCUUAUGCAUGAUACCGUUCGGCUUUUUUACUUCGCAUGCGCCGUUGAUACCUGAGCGCAAUCGCAAAAUAUUUAGUACUGACAUUUGCAACUAAACGAUCUUGACGCUUUUUGGUGUGAUACAGGAUUCCACAGAAGAAGAACGAACACAAAGCAAGAGGGGCCGACGACCCCGUCAACUUUUGCAGGGGAAGGCUACUCCUCGCCGUUCGCCCAGGCAAGUGGUUGCUGCCGGAGCAGCAGAGAGCGCCUUAGCAGUGAGGAGUCAUGCGCUGUACAACAAGGCUCCACCUCAUGAGCAGGCUUCGCCACCACGACGUGGCAAUGGCUUAGCGUUGCCGGUGCAACAAGCUCCACCUGAACAAGAAGAUGAAGCACCACCUGCAGCUCGCGAUGACGACAAUGGUGCAGCUGCGUCCGCCGAUUCAUCCGAGCGAAGUGGUCUCAGCACGCCGCGAACUGUGAAGGGCCUCGAGGCGAUGAAAGGGGCUCUCAGAAACGGAACGCCGCGUUAUGAGAGUGCACAGCUAGUACUCCCCCUCAUUGCCAACAUUUCUCAUGCAAAAUAUUCGAGCGCGUUCGAGUUGUUCCCUUGUGUUUACUUUUAUGCUCGUGCAUGACAACAAAACCAAGUAGUUGUAACGACAUCAUAUUAUAUGCAGCGCACGAACUUGUCAUGCACAGGCUCCGCGUGUGUUGGUGUUUGUAUAGCAGCUGUUCACGCCAUGCAAAGCAACUGAGGGGAAGGAGGACUUAUGCACUUUCAUACGCAGCCGAAGCCGAAGCGGAAAGUUGUUGCUGGAGCAGGACCCAUGGCGGUUACUGUCAAGGUCGUCGAGGUCGACACAUAGAUAAAGGAAGCUCUUCUAAAGGUAGGACAGCGGAUGCAGGAGAACCACUUUCUUACAAAUAGACGUAUAUUCUUCUGUAUUCGCUUCUGAUCAGUAUUCCUAGUGUACUGGUUGUCCGUAACCACGACAGUCAUUCUUGUCGACAGACAGAGAUCAGGAUUGCCAUUGUUGAGCAGCCAUAGCUGGAGGACAAGAAUUUUCACAAAGGAAGCACGAGACCAUCUACCUACGCGUGCGCGCAUCUAGAAAUAAGCACUUCAU